AUGCAAUGCAAUCCCGAUGACAUUCUCACCGAUGAAAAGAAGCAACUGCUGCGUGAGGUGAUAAUCCCCAAGGCGGUGCAGAUGCACAAGGACCGGCUGCUGGUGCAACCGCUCAGAGACAACAUUCGUGUAAAACACUUCACGGGAAACAUCUGCCCUCAGUUUGCUGUCCCCCGGUCCCACCACACCACCGGUGUGCCGGAUACCGACUUCGUGUUGUACGUUGCGGCAGGACCAACUGUACCUGGUAAUCUCGCAUGGGCAAUCACAUGCCAGUUUGACCGCAGCGGCCGGCCCUUGGUGGGUGUUGCCAAUAUUGGAUUUCUAGACACUAUGAACGUUUUCUCUUCCACACGUACCCUGGCUCACGAGAUACUACACGCCUUGGGAUUCAUAAAUCGUAUAUUUCAAAAUAGAAAUAUGAUUGAUAUUGUGUCUGUUCGUAAUAAACCACCAAGUUACGUUCUAUCUUCGCCAAAAGUUGUGGAAGUCGCGAGGGCUCAUUAUGGGUGCAGUACCAUGCAGUACAUGGAGUUAGAAGACUCGGGUGGCGGUGUGUCUGCUGGGUCACACUGGAAGAUGCGCAACGCAAAGGACGACUUGAUGUCUCCUACCGAUUCUGCAAGUUUCUACACCGCCAUCACCAUCGCAGCGAUGGAGGACACGGGCUACUACAAGGGCAACUACAGCAAUGCUGAAGACAUGUCAUGGGGUAAAAAUGCCGGCUGCGUGUUGUUUGAUGAGAAGUGCGUUAUUGACGGUGUGUCGCAGAUGCCGGAGAUGUUUUGUGACAGUAAAACUGCUUCAAACAGUGAGUUCAAGUGUUCAUCAGACCGGAUGGGCAUUGGAGAUUGCAUGAUAAUACAUCAUUCAAGCUUGGCACCAUGUUUGCAGUACUUCCCCGAUCCGACAAUGGGUGGCACAGAAGCCUCGAUGGAUUACUGUCCGAUCAUAAAAGCAUAUCAAGACACAAUGUGCUUUAAUGGGAAUGAAAGAACGUUGGCCGGCUCUGUGUUUUCAAAUUCAGCGCGAUGUUUUUCAGCUGUCCCGAGGACUCCCCUCAAAAUAAGCGAUGACCAAAAUAUGCUCGCUAUCUGUGCGGAUAUGCAGUGUGACAAGCACACUUCGAGAUACCGAGUGCGAGUGAAGGGUACUAGUGAUUUCGUGGACUGCCCACCCGGAAGCACUCUUGUGCUUUCGGAGUACAGUGCAGAAUUCAAGUCUGGCGCGAUCGAGUGUGCACCAUACGAGGAGGUGUGCCCUGAAUCCUUUUACCCCGACGAUGACCGCGACAAUAACAACGACAAAAACAUCCGCGCCUCAUCCGGUACGAGUAAAGGCGCGUACUGGUUAGUAUUCACGUUUGUAGCGGUCUUAACUGUUAUAACUGUCCUUUUGAUAUAUUUCUUGAGGAAACAUGUGCGAAGAGAGUGA